AGAAUCACGAUUCGCCAUCUUGGAAGAUCUCGCGACACGCUUUCAUCUGCUACCAAACUCACCUGAGAAUUGCUCUUUUUUGGAUUUUUCCAGUAUUUUUGAAGCAUCGACAGAAUCAGCAAAUAAGGAGCCGAUAUCUUGACGAAAGUUGAAGUUUGUUUGACAUGGAGGAAUCUACACAGCAUGCAAGUGCUCUGUCCAAGCUGUGCAGAGUAUGUGCCCAAGUGAUUUCUUCACCCAAGAAUAUGUCAAGUGUGAAGAAGUAUGCAGAAGCUCUCUUGGCUCUCUACAAGUUGGACAUUCACGGAGAUCAAAAAGGCACUCACCCACAAUCCAUAUGUAACAAGUGCAGGAUGACUGUGACAAGAGCAUUCAAAAGCUUGCAGAGUGGCAAGGUAUUUACUGGAGUAUUGCCUGCACUAUGCUACUUCAGUCAUCAUCAGCGCCAGUGCCAUGUUUGCGACACAUAUUCAAAGUACCUUCAGUCCAUUCAGCCAGAGGUACCAAUGCCUGCAGUGCAGCCAACGUCCACAUCAGCACCUUCAGAAUUGGAACCAAGCAUUGUAUCUGUGACAAGGACUCUAUUUUCUUCGGAUACACCUGUUGAUGACCAAGGCCCCUCAACAUCCUAUCAGCCGUUCACUCAAAGUGUUCCAGACCCAGGAUCAAAAAUCGAUGGAGCUAAACGAGUUUGGAGCGCUAAAACCAGCCUAAGAAAUGUUGGGAGGGAGUAUGCCAGAAAGAGGACAAGUGACAUCGCUGACUCAGUGGCCGACUUCUGCCUUAAACGAAAAGAAGAUAAGACAGACGUCUUGUACUUUCUUCUCUCUGACAGUCUAAGAGAGUCAGGAGAUCAGCGCCUUAAAGAAGUUAUGGCAUCAUGGAAUGAUGAACUUUCAAUGGAAAUGACUGUCGAGCAAUGCCUUGCUAUGCGGGUCACCACCAUGACAUCUAAAAAUCGAUACAAGGAGCAGUAUGCUCAGAUGAAGGAUGUAUUGAAGCCACCUCAUGUUCUUGACGAGGCAGAAAAAACAUACAUGCCAGGGAGUGUGCGUUUUAGACUUGAAGGGGGAGCUGAGCUAAUACAGCAUACACCUGUCAAAGGAGGCAGGUGGUCCGACUCCAACGAGUACGGGAACAUUAACUUCGAACCAUUGCCGAUAGGAGGGGAGCUGCACAAUGAGCUCGAAGUUCCUGUUCCGAACUUCAAGGGGGUACAAUGGCCUUAUUCUCAUGCCUUGGCAAAGACCCUUGAAGAAUUGGAUGAAGAUAUUGCCCUCGGAUUAGCAUCAUGUGGACUGGAAAAGGGUGAUGAUCCGCUGAUACUGACGAUGGUGAAAGAUGGAGCAGAUGGCAUGGGUGAUGUCUCCAUCAUCAAGGAGAAGGGAGACAGGAUUCUGCCAGACAAGGCAUUUAGGGCUGCAUUCGCCGUCAUUAAAUGCGAAGUAGUUUUGCAAGGGAAAAGAUGUACUGUUUACGAGCCAAAGGACCCGAACUCUGUCCUGAUAACAAGACCUCUUGUAGAAGCUAUAGGGGACGAGAAUAAUCAUGCUUCCUCCAUUCUUAUGUUGGACCUAAUGGAGCAUGAGAGGGAAGUAAUGAAGGAUAAAGUUAUGUCAGUUAAUGUAGGAAAUUGGUGGAGGAGGCACAAACUGUCUUUCUACAAUUCUAUGAUAGACGAGAAGCUAGACCGUGCCGAGAGUGGGCUGCAGGCAAGUGGUUCAAAAUUCUUGUGCACAUUGUGCACAGCCUCAAGGCAAACCGCAAGAGAAAAUGUUGGAAGCUUCGAGAUUUGUCGUACUCUUGAGGACAUGAAGGAUAUGGCAAAUUAUGUUCAAGUCAACCCUGACAAGAAAUCGGCAGCAGAACUGAACGAAAUCGCUGAAGGAGUCAAGGAUUACCCAGUCCUCAAGAGCAGCCCGAAGCAAAAACUGAUUGAUGCAACCCACGCAGAUAUCAAUAUGGGUUCGUUCUUCAAAAAACUGAUCAUAUGUGAGGUAGCAAGGAUCCAAAGCUGGGCCAUAUCCGAGACAUUGAAGCCUGGAUACGAGCAUGCUGAGAAGGCAUUUGAUGAUCAUGCACAUGAAACACUUGGCAUAGUACCCAAGCUAAUGAUGCCAGGAAAUUAUGCUAGACAGCUUUUCAAAGAAGCUAAUCAGCGCCAUGUCCUAGCUCUCAUUCCAGACAGUGACAGGAGAGAAAAGAUGGGAGAAAUAUUCCACUUGUUCCGACAGGUACGCCAAGUCUAUAGGGCUCAUCAUCCUGGCAAGGAAGACAUCGCAUCCUACAAAGAGAAAGCCAUCAGAAUGGGGAGGCUAUUAGAUGAGCACUUCACUUACGCCAGCUGGCCCAACUACCUUCACAAGCUCAUCGAGCAUGUCCAGGAGGUACUUGAAGACGAGGAGGGACCCGGAACUAUUGGCGGGCUAAGUGGGGAGGGGAAUGAAGGUGCAAAUAAGGUAUUUAGAGAUUUGCGCCGCCAUUUUUCACGGAAAUCAAGUGCCAUGCUUUCACUUCGAGAUGUCAUCUGGUUUCAUUGGCUGUACACAAGUCCUAAGCUUCGUAGGAUAGCUCAAGUCACAUCAAGAGACUAUUCAUGUUCAAAAUGUCAGAAAUUGGGGCAUAGUGCAAUCCAUUGUUCAAAUGCAUGAGAAGAAAAACAAUUAGGAAGAAGAUGCAUGCUUGGUUUUGAUAAAUAAAAAAAAAAAACAAUUCAGAAUUGAAAUUUUGAGUACCCGGUACCCAAUUUUCAUAUGAUGCUUUCUUAAAUACAUGAAGUAAACAUGUAAUUUUUAUCUGUUUGAGAGGUUAUGUACAAUGUAGUCAAUACAAAAAGAGGGUAAUGAAUCUGAUUGAAAAGUUGUAUCAAAUUUUCACCACCAAGAUCACUUUCAUUGAAGAUCUAAACUGAACUUUGUCAAAUCAUGAAAUCUACUGCAAGCUGAAGAAUGAUCACAGUGUAUUAUUAUUAUUAUUAUUGGUAAUGACGCUUUACUCAUUUUUCUCAAUUCUCAGCAAUUACACCUCUUUCAGAAUAUUUUGGAACAUUUUUUUCAAUACAUGUACAUAAAGAGAG